AUAUUUCAAGACAUCACAAAGAUUUCUCUUCUUUUCUUGGUCCUUCUAUUCGUCCUUCCUACACUUUUGGUAGCCAUGACACAAGGAAAUGACACAGAAAUGACCGAAUUCUUUCUUCUCGGAUUUGGUGGCCAACACAAGUUUCGGUAUGUUCUCUUUAUUGUAUUUCUAGUGAUCUAUAUGACCUCUAUGACGGGUAAUAUUGGAAUGAUCCUACUCAUCCAGACAGAUUCCAGACUUCAAACACCCAUGUACUUUUUUCUACAACAUUUGGCUUUUGUUGAUAUCUGUUACACCUCUGCCAUUACUCCCAAGAUGCUGCAAAACUUCAUAGUUGAAAAUAAGUCAAUAUCUUUUGUGGGAUGUAUAAUACAAUUAUUGAUUUAUGCAGCAUUUGUGACUGCUGACUGUUACCUCCUGGCUACUAUGGCAGUGGACCGGUAUGUAGCCAUCUGUAACCCACUUCACUAUCCCACAGUCAUGUCUCGAAGAGUCUGCAUCCAGUUGGUAGCAGGUUCAUAUGUAGUAGGCUCAAUAAAUGCCUCCAUACACACAGGUUUUACAUUUUCACUGUCCUUCUGCAAGUCCAAUAUCAUCAAUCACUUUUUCUGUGAUGCUCCCCCAAUUCUCUCCCUUUCAUGCUCCAGUAUCAAAAUCAACAUCUUGCUACUUGCUGUCUUUGUGGGAUUUAACUUGACGUUCACUGUGAUGGUUGUCAUCUUCUCCUACAUAUAUAUCCUGGGUGCCAUCCUAAAGAUGUCUUCUACUGCAGGGAGAAAGAAAGCCUUCUCCACAUGUGCCUCCCACCUGACAGCAGUCACCAUUUUCUAUGGAACCCUCUCCUACAUGUACUUACAGCCUCACUCUAAUAAUUCAGAGGAAAAUAUGAAAGUAGUCUCCACAUUUUAUAGUGUUGUAAUCCCCAUGUUGAACCCCCUGAUCUACAGCUUGAGAAAUAAGGAGGUAAAAGAAGCUCUAAAAGUGGUGGGAAAGAAGUUCUAGACUGGACUCAAGUUAUAAAGUGUAUCACAACAAAGUAUCCAGCAUAGAUGCUUUAAAAAUUUUUAAUGUUUCUGAAAUUGGAAGUAUGGUCACAUCUUAAAUUAGUGCUACCUCAUACAAUACAUAAUAUUUUAGAAUGUGGGAAACAGUAAGAACAUCUGGGACUAAUUUUUCCUGGAAUAUAGUUUGAGGAAUAUAUUUUAUAGUAAACAUGAAGGAGGAAUUUAUCAAGA